AUGGCUAUGUAUUAUUUAGAUGUUGGCGGAAUUAUUAUGAAGUCCUCGCAUAACCUGGUUUUCCUUAUCAGCCUGAUCGUCAUGAAGGCGUCAUCACACGAGCUUACUCGCACCAAGUUCGCGUCGCACGUCAGUGUGAACACGCCAGCGAGCAGCUUCACUCACGGAGUGGGAAACCCCGUGUCCGACGACAGAAGGAACCACAGGCCCAGUUUUAGAGGAACGAGAAGACCGCAGCGAGGUCACAGCAUCGGGUACGCGAGACAAAAGCCAGCGAUACCCUUCCAAGUCGAAGAGUUCCCUCGCCAAAACACCAUACCUUGGCAGUACAACAAUUAUAUGGAGUACAACAUACCGGUGCUGCCCCCAUCUCCAUAUAAAGUUGAUUCGCCUGACCCAGAAUCCCUGUGGCCGAACGGACUGUUCCUGCCACCGAUUCCUCCGCACCUUGGACCUAACUUUAGAAGAUCGGACAAUAAUUUAAAUGGAGAUACAGAUAACGAUCCAUACCUGAUAGAGGGGACAGAGGCGAUAGCUGCAGUUUCGAAAUCUCGAAGGCACGGUAUGCUGUACUUUCACGAUAUUCCGCAUAUAGAGUCACUUCUGAAGAACCAGGAGCUAAGAAUCGAUAACAACCUCAAGCCACAUCGCAUCGGCAGCAUACGUCACACGUGGCCGUACUAUAGGACUUAAGACUCACUGCCGAGCUAAAAUUUUAC